UUUAUGAAAUUCAGAUUUCCUUCCGUCUCGGAAAAUUUGUAUUCUGUUUGGUAAAUUCCAUAGCCAUGGCCAAGAAAGUGCCGUCUAUUGCACUUCACAAGAAGAAGCCCAUAAAAAAUAAUAACAAAAGGAAGAAAGUACGGCCAAUAUUCAAGAAAAUCUGGGAUUAUUUCAAGUCAGAUUCCUACAUGUUUGCUCCUUUGCUUUCUCCCACACCCUCAUUCAAUGUGGAGGGAUAUGAUUAUGAACCAAUUAAGGAAAAUAAGAAGAAGAGUAAGAAGAAAUUCGUUUGGGAAUUUGUGGAUUAUAUGAAAUCAGAUUGCUACUUGUAUGCUCCGCUGGUCAGGCGUCAGCCAUGGUUAUAUUCUUCUAAUGAUACUGCCAUCCCACCACCUAAAGAGUCAGUGUGUCACAUAAGGGCAGAUACAGGCAAACAUGGAGAUCAAACGAAGAACGGAACUGAGGAAACAACAGGGCCAGGUGGAAAUGCGGUAAAUGUCCCUCAAGAAAAUCUGCAUGAUGAUGGAAUAUCUUCUUCCAAAAGCACCAUUAUUAAACAUGUCCUGGUUCAGGGAGAAAAAGUAAAGCACAGGGUCCAACGAAAGUAUUGCUUUGUGCCAGUAAUAUAGGAGAAAUGCAUGCUGGAAAGGAGUCAAGAAGGAUCGUUGUGGAGUAAACGUCUAGCGAAUACAAGGAAAUGAUCCCAUGGUGCCUCUUGAGAGUCUGAGUUAGGAGGCAGUUGUAUGCAUUAUCAGUCUAUUUUUCUGUUUCUUUUUUUCUUUUUAGUAAAACUAUUAGGCUACUUAAAUGUGUUCUUCCUUCAUUUGGUUAGAUGGUGGUGCUAUAGUCUCUGCUUCCCAAAUUUCUGUAUAAACUAUGAAGUCUUAGCUCAUAUAAUUUUCCUGGUAAUAAUUCAUUUCAAUUA